AGAGCGGCCGGCGAGACGCUGCCGGUCCCUGCCCCACGCCGCCGCCGCCGCCCCCGCCCCCGCCGCCGCCGACGCCUGCCGACGCCGACGCCGCCGCCGCACUCGCGCAUCGGACGCGGACCGGCGAGCAGCCAGACGCUGCCCACGCUAUUUCGCCGUGGUCAGCGCGCGACGCACGGCGGCCGGGGCCGUACGAAAAGUGCACACUUCGCCGCGUGGGGGCGUGCCCGUGUGGCGCCCCACCUUUGCGACGAUAGCCGACUCAUGUUCCCCCACACAACAAUGAAUUAACCAGUUAUCCAUACGACCACAGGGGACUGCAUUGCUGCUAUUAAUUGUGCAGCUCCAAAUUUCGGCUGCCACCUCUAUCGUAAAAAUUUUAUACCUACUGGCUGGUGUUCUUCGAACUUUUUUCCGUAACUCACAGACAAACAUUUACAUAUUCCUUCCUCCAGAAACAAUGUGAUUUUUGACGUUCUGUCGCUUGUGAUUUAUCAUAGUUAGCUACAUGGUUUUCUGAGUGGUCUCUGACAGAAACGAAUAAUUUCAAGACCUUCAAAUGCGACAACUAUCAAGCGAGCUGACUAGAACAAGUGCGACUCCUGUGCCCAAAGGCGUCAUCUAGAAAGUAUCGAAGAUAACUUGCACAGGGAACAGAACAAGUGACUUCCACACUUUGCACUCUGAUACGUGCACUCUCUCGUCGGGUUCCCCGUGAAGGACGAUGUGCCGAGAUCUGCGAGUGGAAGCCACGAGAGUCGACUGAGGUGCGCCGCAUUCUUCGCGAUGUCCGGCCGUAGCGCAACGGUCUUCCGAGUCCUGUGGGCCAGCUGCGUCUUCGCCGUCAUCCGCGCUGCAGCGGCGGACUCCACAGACGCCGGCAACCACGGCACGCCGCAGACAGUGGUGACGGUGGACAUGCAGGCCGUGGAAGGCCGAAGCGUGGAGCUACCUUGCAACGUCACGCCGCCGGGUCAUGACAAGCUCUACAUGGUCUUCUGGUUCCGCGACGACGCCGGCAUCCCUCUGUACAGCUUCGACGUGCGCGGCAAGCCGCUGGGCCAGGCGACGCACUGGUCGGAUCCCGAGGUGUUCGGCUCGCGCGCCUUCUUUCGCACUGUGUCCGAGCCGGCCGUGCUGCGGCUCGAGGACGUGCACCUGCGCGACGAGGGCGUCUACCGCUGCCGCGUCGACUUCCGCAACACGCCGACGCGCUCCGCCAAGUUCAACCUCUCCGUCAUCGUGCUGCCGGAGAGGCCGCAGCUUCUGGACCGCUGGGGACGCAGCCUGGGGACGACCCUGGGACCGUUGCUCGAGGGGGACCCUCUGAUACUCACGUGCAGGGUCCAGGGAGGCAAGCCGGAGCCGAGGGUGCGCUGGCUGCUGGACGGCGAGGUGCUGGACGAGGAGUGCGAGAAGAACGCGGGUGACGUCAUCGAGAACAGGCUGACGUUCCGCGCGGUGGCGCGCAGCGACCUGGGCGCCGCCUUCACCUGCCAGGCGACCAACACGAGGCUGGCCGAGCCGCGAGAGGCCACCAUCCGUCUCGAUCUGCACCUUCGGCCCCUGGAGGUGCGGCUGACGGAGCGGCCGGACCAGCUGGAGGCGGGCCAGCGCUACCAGGUGGCGUGCGAGUCGACGGGGUCCCGGCCGCCGGCGGUCAUCACCUGGUACAAGGGCAACCGUCCGCUAAAGAGGUUCCGGGAGGAGACUCUCGACAACUCGACCCUGAGCGAGCUGAUCUUCGUGCCGUCCACGGAGGACGACGGCAAGGUGCUGACGUGCCGAGCCGAGAACCCCAACAUCACCGGCGCCUACCUCGAGACUGGCUGGACGCUCAGCGUCUUGUUCGCCCCCAUCGUGUCGCUGCGGCUGGGGCCCACGCUCAACCCUGACGACAUCAAGGAGGGCGACGACGUCUACUUCGAAUGCCACGUCAGGGCCAACCCGCCGUGGAGGCGCCUCUCCUGGCUGCACGACGACGCGCCGCUGAGCCACAAUCAGAGCGCGCACGUCAUCCACAGCAACCAGAGCCUGGUGCUGCAGAAGGUUUCCCGCCAGGGCGCCGGCCGCUACGUCUGCGUCGCCGCCAACGCACAGGGAGAGGCCGCCUCCAACGAGCUCGACUUCCGGGUCAAGUAUGCGCCGACGUGCCAGCAGGAGCGCAUCAUGGUGGUGGGAGCGUCACGGUCGGAGACGCUGGACAUCGCGUGCCACGUGGACGCUGAUCCGCCGGCGCGCGCCUUCCGCUGGAAGUUCAACAAUUCCGGCGAGACGAUGGAGGUGUCGGCCGAACGCUUCUCCAGCAACGGCUCGGAGUCUGUGCUGCGCUACACGGUGCAGUCCGACCUGGACUACGGCUCGCUGUCCUGCUGGGCCGACAACGCCGUGGGCGUGCAGCAGGCGCCUUGUGUCUUUCAGGUAGUGGCAGCAGGCAAGCCGUUCCCGGUGCGCAACUGCUCGCUGAGCAACCAGACGGCCAGCUCGGUGGAGGUGUGGUGCCAGGCGGGCUUCGACGGCGGACUGCCGCAGACGUUCGUGCUCGAGCUGUUCUCGGGGUCCGCGCCGCGGUACAACCUGACGGCGGCCGACGCGCCCGUCUUCCUGCUCGCCGACCUCGAGCCGGAGGUCACCUUCCGGGUCGCCGUCUUCGCCGUCAACGCCAAAGGACGGAGCCCCGCCGUCCUCAUCGAGGAGAUCACCUUCCGGGACGCCGAGCGACGCACCGCCUCAGAGGGCGUGUCGAUGUCGCUGCCUCCGCUGCUGGGGGCGGUGGCGGGGGCGGCGUUGUCGCUGCUAGCGGCGGCGCUACUGGUGGCGGUCCGCCUCCGCCGGUCGUCGCGCCGCCGUGCCGCCGCCGCCCCCGACAAGCCGCCUCUGGCCGCCGCCGCCCCCAACGCCUCCACACACGCCGCCUCCGGCGCCACCGCCACCAGCGUUGCGGCUGGACAUCCCGUCUCCGUCAAACCGCCGCCGACACACCCCACGCUCGACGAGAAAGACCCUGACGUCAUCCCCGCAAAAUUCGGCGACGUCAGAGACUGCACGGGGGGCAGCGACCAGCUGGUGGUGCGCCGGGUCUCGCCGCCCUCGCGCCCCACGCCGCCGUCCAGCGGGUCUCCAGCGCCGGGUCAGCCGCUCUGGCCGCAGCCGCGCACCUCCUCGCCCCUGAUGACGUCACCGACGGAGCAGGCGACGUCCUCGGCCAGCUCGGAGAGCGGCGGCGCCCCGCGGCCCCGGGACCUGCGCCUCAGCAGGCACUCGCCUCCCCCGCAGCCCACCACCCCCGCGCCGGACCUCGAGCUCAACGGCCACGCCAUCAAGGAGCGCCUCAUGACGUCACGAAUCCCUGAGAGUUGCGUAUGAUGGGACGGCGCCGGCGGCCGCGCGCCGCUGGUCCGCAGGAUGAUGGCUGCAGACGCCAUCGGCCACUACCUGGCCACGGAUGUCUAACAGUCUGCGAGGUGCUGACUGGAGACGUCACUGGACGCUGCCUGGCUGUAAAUCCUGGAAGUCCAGUCUGCAGCUGCUGAGCUGCAGGGAAUUGGCUGCUGGCGCCGUUGGCUACUAGCUGCUUACGGAUGUCUGAGUCGUGUGGGGCUGACACCAUUGAUGGCUGCUUGGCUACAGAAGUCCAGUCUGUCCUCACUGAACUCCAGGGUGUCGACCACUGACGCCACUGGCUAGUACCUAAUGUUUAUCUGGUCUUUAUGGUGGUGGAAUCAGACAUCACUGGACACUGUCUGGUUAUGUUAGUACACAACAACACCGCUGAAAUCAAAUACAUUGGCAGAAGAUGUCAUUGGUUACUAGACCCUGUCUGUGUGCAGCUGGUUUCAGAGACGUCUGAAGUUGUUGAAGAGAGUGUAGCUACAGGUACCAAUGACAAAUACUUUGCAAUAUAUGCCUUCAUAUGCGACCACUGGACCCAGCAGUGCCCUCUACAGACGCUGUCAUCAGCCGUACUCGAACGCCUAGUAUGUCGUCAUGUCGUCUGAAAGAUUAUUACUAUGGACAGCCAAGGACUGAGUUAUGUGGGACCCAGAGAAAAUCUGCCCCUGACGAUGUACGUCCCAUAUGCGCAGAAGCAUUUAUCAUCCACGGACAUACCCAGUUGGAGCAAGGUUUCCAUAUAGGUUGCAAUGGAGAAUUCGGAACUUUCUGAGUGAUUAUAGCUGUUAACGUCUCACAUACAUUAGGAGGAUUUGUAUUCUGACAUGCUUCAACUGAAAUAUCGUAUUACGUGCUGGUGUCGUCCUAUAUAAUGAAGUAUGAAAGGCACUACAAGAAAGCGACUACAGCUGAUCUUCGAGUUGCCAGAAAUUUUUUAAUGCGAUGCCGUAAAGUAUCUAUUAAAAGUGAAAGACUACUUGUCGACACAACACUGCAAGAAUCAAGAUUUAAUAAGCCCGUUGUAUGUAAGUGUUUCUUGGAACUUCACACUGAACGUACCGACAGUGUUGUCAUGAUCUGUAGUUGGUGAACAAUUCCUCACGAAGUAGAUACCACCGUGAACCAUUACAGAACAUAUAUGUACUCACUGGCAGUGACUGUACGAGAUGUGUGUCACUCAGUAUACCAAAUAUGGCUUGACGUCUUCUCAACGGAUUUUGUAGAAGCUAAUAGAGUGCCUCUUCAUUCUUUUUUUUCGCAAUAUUUGAGCUGAAGCUAUUAUUUGAAUUACUCUACCCUUCACACUCCUGAUCACUUAUCUCAACACGUGAGUGUUUCCUUUAGCCUAUCGGUUUCUUAUUAUCAGACCGACAUUGCUGGCCUUUUUCACUGUUUUCUCCUAACAACAAACUGAAGAGAGAAUUAUCUUAAGUUAAUUUCAUAAAAUAAUCUACAGAUCGUGCUAAAAUAAAAAAAAUCGUUUGUUAUGUGCUUUGUAGUGAUAAGUUGUCCAGUUGUGAAGAAAGGAAGUCUAAAUCAUAUUCAACAUGGACAAAAUUUGAAAGUGGAAAAUUUAUUUAUUCUUCUUCUGUGCAGCUCCAUAGUACACAUUUUUUUAUUUGUACGUGAUCGUGCAGUUUUCUUUCCUUUCAUUGUGUUCAGGCAUUGAAACUUGUGGUGUAUUACUGACUAGAAUUAUUGGCGGAACUGUGGUUAAAUUUGUCUAUACAGGGUGUUUUUAAAUAAAUGAACUGUGAGAAAGUUUUCGGGGAAAUAAGCAGCUCUUCUAGGUGUGGAUCAAGUUGUCGUUUGUUAAAUAAAAUUAUUGUUUUGAUGACUUUCAGACGACACUUUUCAAACAGUGAAACGCUGAUAUCCUAUAACCUUAAUUCUGAAGAAAUAUGACUGGCCACACUGUGUCAAAUAAAAAGUACCGAAGUAGCUACCUGCCAUUUAUCAUUAAAUUGGUGUUUCGUGUCGAAAGAUCAAAUAACGAUGGUAUAACGGAGAGUAAAACAGUAAAAGCGUAUCUGAGUUCAAAUAUGAGUGCAAAUUACGAGAUCAAAACUAUAUCAUUCUAUUCUUUGUGUGUGAUACUCGGACAUUUAACGUAUACUUUUUCUGUCGUGCUGUCGAUUCAUUUUCAGUCUGAACUGUGUGAGUGACGAAUGUUUUGGCAGGUGAAAGAAGCCGCAGUGAAUCGAUGAUCUCAUAGCAACGAACAACAAGACUUUUAAUUGGUGAGACUCUAUUGAUGUUUUAUGUGUGUAGUGUUUUAUACGUAUAAUAAAGACUUGCGCGGCGUUUCCAUAAAAAGAAUGUUUUAUGUGUUAUCACUGUAUGAAAUGUUCGACAAAUGUAUAUAUUAUUGACUAAUGAAAUCGUUAAAACUGAUGUGGACAAUUUUUGUGUCUAGUUCAGAACUCAAACAAUAUAAACUUGUGAUUCUGAUCGAAAA